CCUUCAAGCUAGCGACAGCACUCGGCCACCAUUAUGCUUCUUGCCACGACCACGGCGAGCUAGCUAGCAACUUCUCCCGUCGCACGCAGCUCUUUCAUUCCUCUCGUCAUGCGUCCCCUUCUCGGCCUCGUCCUUUUCUGGCUCCUUUUCUCCCAGCAGCACACCCCCUCGUGCUCCAUAGCCACAGACACACUCUCACCUGGCCGUUCAUUCGCCAGCGACGAGAGGCUUGUCUCCAGCAAUGGCAAGUUCGCCCUUGGCUUCUUCCAAACGGGCACCAGCAACGUCCUCAACUGGUACCUCAGCAUAUGGUUCAACAAGAUUCCCAAGCUAACCCCUGUGUGGACGGCCAACAGGGAUCAUCCGAUCUCGGGUUCGGCUUCUCCAGAGCUCAUAAUUGCCAGCGACGGCAAUCUGGUUGUCUCAGCUCAGGGUGCCAUCAUCUGGUCUACCGAGGCAAACAUAACUGCCAAUGGCACAACCGCCGCUGUACUCUUGGACAGUGGCAACCUUGUUCUACGGAGCUCUUCCAACUCCUCACGCAUAUUCUGGGAGAGCUUUGACUACCCGACAGACACCAUGCUACCCGGUGUAAAGGUUGGCCGGAACAAGGUCACUGGCUUGAACCGUCGCCUUGUUUCAAGAAAGAACUCCAUUGAUCAAGGAUCAGGUGUAUUUUCCACGGAGAUGGGCCUGGAUGGGAUCGGCAGGAUAUCAUGGAACUCGUCUGUAAUAUAUUGGUCUAGUGGGGAGUGGAAUGGUAAAUUCUUCAACUCGGAACCAGAGAUGUCUGCAGGUUCCUCUUCUUCUAAUUACACGUUUGUCAACAACAGCCAAGAGGUUUACUUCACCUACAACAUGGUGAAUGAGAACAUUAUCGUGCUCAGUAUGCUGGAUGUCAAUGGUCAAAGGAAGCUGCGAGUAUGGACCGGGCAAGAUUGGAUCUCAAUAAGCAACCAACCAAAAUAUCAUUGUGAUGUGUAUGCCGUAUGUGGCCCUUUCACGGUCUGCACUUCUGAUGCAGAUCCUUUCUGCAACUGCAUGAAGGGGUUCUCUGUAAGAUCACCUGAAGAUUGGGGGAUAGAGGACAGAACAGGCGGGUGCAUCAGAAACACUCCACUGAAUUGUGGCCGCGGCGGUGGAAACAAGACAGCUAUGACAGACAAAUUCUACUCUAUGCCGGGCAUUAGGUUGCCUCAGAAUGGCACUAUCAUACCAAGUGCAUCAAGUGUGAAUCAAUGUGCACAAGUUUGUUUGAGUAAUUGCUCUUGCACCGCAUAUUCUUACGGCAAAGACGGCUGCUCUAUUUGGCAUGACGAGUUACUUAAUGUAGCUACAGAUGAUAAUGGAGAAAUGCUUUACCUUCGCCUUGCCGCCCAAGAGCUGCAGAAUAGGAAAAGGAACAAGAGUGGAAUGAUCAUUGGUACGGCCAUAGGUGCAAGCAUUCCCACUUUGGCCGGCUUCGUCUUUCUAGUAGUGAUUUGGAGAAGGAGAAACAAGAAGUGGUCUAUUCACAAAAUGGAUGAUGAUCAGGGUGGUGUUGGCAUCAUUGCAUUCAGAUAUGUUGACUUGGAGUCUGCAACAAAAAAAUUCUCGGAAAAGCUAGGCACAGGUGGUUUUGGUUCUGUAUUUAAAGGAUGGCUUAGUGACUCGGUUGCCAUAGCAGUGAAAAGGCUCGAUGGUGUCCAACAAGGAGAGAAGCAAUUCCGGGCAGAAGUGAAUUCAAUUGGAAUCAUCCAGCAUAUAAAUGUAGUGAAAUUGAUCGGAUUUUGCUGUGAAGGUGAUAGGAGGUUACUUGUGUAUGAACACAUGCCAAAUGGCUCCCUGGAUUCUCAUCUAUUCCAAAGUCAUGGUGCAAUUUUGGAUUGGAACGUUAGAUACCAAAUAGCUCUUGGAGUUGCUAGAGGGCUUGGAUACUUGCAUCAUGGUUGUCGAGACUGCAUCAUACACUGUGAUAUCAAACCACAAAACAUACUUCUCGACACAUCUUUUGUGCCCAAAAUUGCAGAUUUUGGUAUGGCAAAGUUUCUAGGGAGGGACUUCAGCCGUGUUGUGACUACAAUGCGAGGAACUUUCGGAUAUCUUGCUCCAGAAUGGAUCAGUGGAACACCUAUUACCCCCAAAGUCGAUGUUUACAGCUACGGGAUGGUCUUGCUAGAGAUCAUAUCAGGAAAGAGGAACUCUCCUAAACAGUCAUGCAGUGAUGACCGUGCAGACUAUUAUCCCGUUCAAGUUGCCCACAAGCUUCUCCAUGGAGACAUUUUGAGCCUUGUGGAUGCAAACUUGCAUGGUGAUGUGAACAUGGAGGAAGUCGAGAGGGUUUGCAAAGUCGCAUGUUGGUGUAUCCAAGAUAAUGAGUUUGAUCGGCCCACAAUGGCUGAGGUGGUGCAGUUUCUCGAGGGGACAUGCGAACCAGAAAUGCCUCCAGUGCCAAGGUUACUCCAUGCGAUUGCAGGCGGCUCACAUUCGACUGGACUAUGAUCUGUAGCUUUGCAGCAAAUUCAGAUAUCCAUGAGAGACUAUAUGGGAUCCUGCUUAUAGUGUAUAUACAAAUAAAUUUGUUGUUUGUGAUAUGUAAGAUCUAGUGAUAGGAAGUGUCUUUCGAAAGACCAUACCUAUUGUGUUAGAAAUAAAGACAGUUACAUGUAAGACCUCUAUUUACAUGUAAAUAGAGGACUAUGACCUCUAUUUACCUAUUGCUGGGGGCUCAAAUUCGACGGCAUCCUACUCAGACUGUGAUAUGUAGCUUCGCAGCAAACUAUCCAUGAGAGACUAUGGCAUCCUACUUGUAUUGUAUAAAUAAAUUUGUUCUCUGUCACAUGUAAGAUCUACCCAAGCGUGUGUUCAAUACCAAAUGUAGUGUUUGAAAUAAAGAUGGUUUGUAACA